GGGAUCUGAGCCCAGGCAGACGCUUCCCCGUUCAGGAGCAUUUGGAAAGUGGACACCUAUUCUUGUGGACAAUCUUGAUGAAGUAACUACGGGACGCAUGAAGGCGGAGGGCCAGGCGGCUGGGCUGCUCUGUUGUUUCAGCUGGAAGAGGCUGCUGCCUUUGUCAUCCUCCGGCCUUUGAUGAGAGACAGAGACAGAGGUGCUGCGGCUUUAAAGGGAGAGCAGCAUGAAUGUGGACAGCCUUAGCAAGCCAGAGCUGCUGAUGCUCUUGAGCGUGUUGGAGGGAGAGCUGGAGGCCCAGGACCUGGUCAUACACACACUCCGGUCCCAGCACAGAGACGGGUUCGUGCAGGAGCGUUAUGGGCUGUACGACCUCAGUGACCCCUUCAUGGCGCUGCAGAGGGACAGUGAGGUGGCGGGCGGGGCCGUUACCGACGGCGAUGACGGAGGCAGCAUCCCCAACCCGCUGGCCGUCCUCAAGCUGCUGAUGGCCCACUGCAAGCGCAUGCAGGACAAGAUGAGGGCCCAGCUAGCCGCCGCAGAGAUCAGGCACCGCAGGGUAAUUUCUGACCUUGAAGAAGAGAAGCGUCGGCAUGCACAGGAUAUGGCGCAGGGUGAUGAUGUCACGUACAUGCUGGAAAAGGAGAGGGAAAAACUUCUGCAGCAGCUGGAGUGUGAGCAGGCGCGUCAGCAGCAGCUGCAGCAGGAGUGUGAGCGAGCGGUCACUCAGGCGCAGGAGGAGGCGGAGCGAGCGUCCGAGCUGCAGAGCCGGCUGCAGGAGGAGAGCAGUACCGCCCAGAGCCUGCAGGGGGCGCUGACGGAGCAGCAGAGCCGCGCCCAGCUCAUGGAGGCGUCCGCAGAGAAGCAGCUGGCCGAGCUGGACACGGACAGGGAGCAGCUCAGAGCCAAGCUCAGGAGAGAGGAGCAGCGCAGCUCGGAGCUGCAGGAGCAGCUGGAGGCCCUGCGUAAGGAGCUGCGUGAGCGGGAGGCCGGAGUGAAGGAGAAAGGAGAGAAAGAGCGAGAGAACAAGAAGGAGAGAGAGAACGGAGGGAAAGAGAGAGAGAACGGAGGGAAAGAGAGAGAGAACGGCAAACAGAGGGAGAGAGGCGGGGUCAAACUCACCCCGGUCAAAACCACGCCCGCCAGCCCAAGCUCCUCCUCCGGCCAGACCGAGACCGAUGGGAAGUCGCCCCUGGCAACCAAAGCCCCUCCCCCAAACCGGCUGAACGGCCACGGCCCUCAGAGCCCCGCCCCUCAGGAGAACGGAACAGAAGCGGUGUGUGUGUCGGGCGACAGCAGCAGCGUGUGUGUUGCGGGGACUUCAACUGUGGGUGUGGUUUCAGCAGGAAGCAGACCCUUGUCACCAGCGGUGGCCACUCCCCUUCAGAGCCCUACCCCUACUAGCCCCGCCUCCUCCUCACUAAGCUCCUCCCCCUGCUCCUCUCCCGUCCUAUCCAAGCGCGGCGCGCACACACACACGCCCCCGUACCCGCCCGUCUUCCAGUCCAGCGUGAACCAGCGCUUCCAGGCGGCGCGCCACAAGUUCCAGUCUCAGGCGGAGCUGGAGCAGCACACACACACACACACGCACGUGGCUGGGCACACACACACGACGCUCUCGCCACGCGACCUCUCGCCCACCACCACCCCGCCCCCCACGCCCGCCGACAACAGCGUUGCUAAGCAGCUGGCGCGCAACACGGUGACGCAGGUGCUGUCGCGCUUCACCAGCCAGCAGGGCGGCGCUAAGAUGGCGCCCCUGAGCAGCUCGCCCUUCGGCACCGACUACCGCACACUCACCUCCUCCUCCCCCACCUCCUCCUCCUCCUCCUCCUCUUCCUCCCCCACCAGCCGAGCUCCGGGCCCGCUCUCCCCGGGCGUCCGAUCUCCCAGCAUGCCGCGCUGCGAGAAGGGCCACCCCCCGCCGGUCCCGCCCAAGAGGCCCGGCUCCAGCCAAUCGCCAGGCUCGCCCGGGCCCUCGAGAUCCUCCCACUUCCCCGAGCUCUCGGGCAGCUGUGGCCUGACCAGCACACAAGAAGGCGCCAAAGAGCUAGACCUGGUGGUGUCCUCCUCCAGCUAACGCCCACGCCCAUGCACACACACACACACACACGCAGACACACACACACACACACACACACACACGCAGACACACACACACACACACACACACACACACACAGACACACAGACAGACACACACACACACACACAGACACACAAACACACACUCACACAAAUACACAGACCUAGUGCUGUGCGAUAUUACGGUAGGCCCUAUAUAUCGUUGUACGACAGAAAAAUGUCUAUCGUACGAUACAGUCCUCUACCGUUUAUAUCGUCAUUUUAGCGUGUGUGGCUGCUGCUCAGAUAAUUUAACUGCAGGUGCGUUGCCGCUGCUCGCAGCGGGCAACGUAAACUUAAUUAUCUGACUCGGGAUGGGUGGCCAGGCAAGUGAAUGCAGCUAAUAGUAAACAAAUUAACUUUUUUUGAAGUUGGCAUAAAGAUUAGUGUUGCACGGUGCACUGAUACUACAAAAAUAUUGCAAUCUAACACCUGAUGUUAGCCUUUACAAUACUUAAGAAUGACGGUGCGCGCAAGGCAGGUCUCCCCUAAAAGCUAGCCUGUGGCUGUGCGUCUUUUUCCCCUCACACACACUCGUAUGCACAGCAGUGCUAACAGCAGACAUGGCUGCUAGUUUAAGUGAUGCUAUUGUAACACACAAUAAUAGGCUAAUAUCAAGUUGAUUUUCUCACUUGCAUCUCUCAAAUGUGUGUUGCUAACCUAUCUAGGCUAUGGCAUUUAGAUAAUUUAGGCUCACUAUUGGGUUUAACGUCAUUAUUUUAUCUCACGUAUUUCUUAAAGUGACAGGCACUCAAUUACACCUACUGUACACACAACCACAACUGUUCAUUUAAAAAAUAAUAAUGAUAAUAGGAGAAAAUAUAAGAAAAAAUUACAUUCAUGUGUGGUUAUAAAUAUAUAAUUUAAAGUAGAAGUACUAUAUCGGGAUAUAUAUCGUUAUCGGGAUAUAGAAUUGCCUAUAUCGGGAUAUAACUUUUUGUCCAUAUCGCACAGCACUACACAGACCCACUCACACAAACAUAGACACACACUCACACAAACACACAAACACACUCACACGGACACACAGACACAUACUCACACGUAAUACAAUACACUCACAUACACAGACAAACAGACAGGCAGACACACAACCACCCACACACACACACACACACACACGCAGACACACACACACACACACACACACACACACACACAGACACACAGACAGACACACACACACACACACACACAGACACACAAACACACACUCACACAAAUACACAGACCCACUCACACAAACAUAGACACACACUCACACAAACACACAGACACACUCACACGGACACACAGACACAUACUCACACGUAAUACAAUACACUCACAUACACAGACAAACAGACAGGCAGACACACAACCACCCACACACACACACCCACACACACGUACCCCCUACACACAAGACAGCGUUAAAGUUGGAGUCGUAUUCCCAUACAGCAAAACACAUAUUCACCGUUCACAGAGCAAUGCACACACAUCCUAUAUAAACCAGUCAACAUAUAGACACUCACACACACACACACACACACACACACACACACACACACACACACACACACACACACACACAGAGCUAUGUACACACUCCUAUACACCAGUCCACAUGCACACAUACACACACACACACACACACAUACAUACACACACACACACACACACACACACCGGAUGGAGUCCCCUGUACAGGCAUACAUUCACUCCAUUCUGGAUCCCUAACAUUGAUCACAGAAACAUUCCCUUUUUUAAUCCAAAGCACUAACCAGCCCUUCAACCCCCACCCCCAUUUCCCUUUCAGUCCACUGCACACACAUACACACACACACACACACACACACACACACACACACACACACUCUCACACACACACACACACACACACACACACACACACACACACGCACACAUACACAUACACUCACACACACUCUCACACACACACACAGACUCACAUGUAUACACACAUAAUUAGUGGAGUUGCAUCUGCUGCAGGCCCCCUGUAGAAGACGGCUCUCUGCGGCACAUCAUAUAGUACAGUAGAUACUGUACCAACAGAGUUAAUUACUUUUUUACCUGCAACACUUUCUCCCACCCCACACACAUACCACACACACAAUCUAAAAGAGGGAUCGGCAGGAAAAGACAGAGGCUUGAUCUUCAGGCCUCGGUAUGUGUAAUAUGAUCUGAGACACACCACUUAUAAGCAGUGGUGCUAUACAGUAGAAAAGCUCUUAAUAUAAGUACAUAGCGUUGAAUGGAACUGAACUCUAGACUUGAACUGUAAAGCAAUAUUUAUGCUCCCGUGUCUGGCCUGUGGAGGCGCCCAAGUGACCCCUCCCUCUAUAGCUCCCUCCACCCGCAAUGCACCUCUCACUACAGACUCCCACAAUGCACCUCUCACUACAGUGUCUGGCCUGUGGAGGCGCCCAAGGGACACCUCCCUCUAUAGCUCCCUCCACCCACAAUGCACCUCUCACUACAGACUCCCACAAUGCACCUCUCACUACAGUGUCUGGCCUGUGGAGGCGCCCAAGUGACACCUCCCUCUAUAGCUCACUCCACCCUCUCACGUGCACUCAGCCGCCAACACACACUCCCACAAUGCACCUCUCACUAGACACUCCCACAAUGCACCUCUCACUACAGACUCCCACAAUGCACCUCUCACCACACACUCCCACAAUGCACCUCUCACUACAGACUCCCACAAUGCACCUCUCACCACAGACUCCCACAACGCACCUCUCACCACAGUCUCCCACAAAGCGCCUCACUGCAGCCUCCCACAAUGCACCUCUCACUACAGCCUCCCACAAUGCACCUCUCACUACAGACUCCCACAAAGCGUCUCACUACAGCCUCCCACAAUGCACCUCUGACUACAGACUCCCACAAAGCGCCUCACUACAGCCUCCCAGAAUGCAUCUCUCACCACAGAUUCCCACAAUGCAUCUCUCACUCCCAGAAUGCAUCUCUUACUCUACACCCCCAGAAUGCACCUCUACUAGACUCCCAGAAUCCCGUUUGAUCGUGUGGGACGCUCCAGAUAGACAGUACAAGAGCUGUUGGAGAGUGUGCACAUGGGAGCGCUCCAGCACAGCCCCAUAUGUUCUCCUGAUAUGGACUCACCUGGAGGCAUUUCUCUCCUGAUAUGGACUCACCUGGAGGCAUUUCUCUCCUGAUAUGGACUCACCUGGCUGCAUUACUCUCAUGACAUGGACACAUGGAGGCAUGUCUCUCCUGAUACUGUCUGACAUGGCUGCAUCUCUCUCCUGAUAUGGACUCACCUGGUUGCAUUUCUCAGCAGCAAUGGAGGGACAUGGCAGUGGAAGUUAUCUGGACAACGUGUUGCUGGUGUAUGUGUGUGUUUAGGGGCCGUCUUGCCUGCUGCCAGACGCCCUCUCGCGCACAAACACACACGCAUAGGACAGAUCAUCCACACACACACACACACACACACACACACACACACACGCACACGCAGGACAGAUCAUCCACACACACACACACACACACACACACACACACACACACAGGACAGAUCAUCCACAUCCACACACACACACACACGCAGGACAGAUCAUCCACACACUCUUGUCCAGGGUCGAGUAUGAACUACCCCAGCAUCUUCCGUCUCGUUGCCAAGGAAACAUCUCCAGUCUUCCUCUGUCCAUCAACAUCUCAGGGGUCAUCAGCGUCAGACGUUAAGACGAUUCCUGUAUCCGCCAUGACGUUAAUGUCAUACCCAGAGCUGUCUGUGAACAUAGAUGACACUAACUGCUGGUGUUGGAUAGCUGUAUGCUAACGUAGAGGACACUAACUGGUAUUGGACAGAGCUGUCUGUUAGCAUAGAGCAGCAGAGGACGCUAACUGGUAUCGGACAGAGCUGUGUGUUAACAUAGAGCAGUGGUUCCCAACCUGGUGUCUGCGGACCCCAUUAGGGGUCACCAGAGAUUGCAGUGGGUCCACACAAUGUUGCCUGGGCUGAGGUUGUGAGGAUACCAAAAUUAUAUUUGUGCGCAUUAAAUGUAUAAAAUCCCAAUAGCACACCCAAUUGGAUAAUCAAAACUCUGUAUAAUCCAAAUGAAAACAUAUUUUUUGUUCCACAUUUAAAUUCAUGUAGCUUUUUAAUACCUCUGACUUCUGAACUUGCGUAAGUAACCUUCAGGUCGGGAUAGGCUAGGCAUUGGUAAUUCAUCCCCGGACCCCGAUUGUUGAAUAAAGCAAUGUCUUGUGUGUGUAUGCGGGUAGGAGUUUUGGGUAGGGGGCCCCUGGCCCUGGCUUGUCUUUGACACAGGCAAGGGGGGCUUCAAGGAAAAAAAAGGUUGGGAAACACUUAGGUUGAGGACGCUAACUGCUGACACUAAGGUAGUGUAGACGACACUGGGACAGUAACUACAGCCUGUGUGUGUGAAGCACACAACUUAACUGCUGUUCACAAUCCAGACGCUAGACCAGCUCUGUCAGUGAUAGCCUACUAACCACACUCAAAAGGGAACACGUUUUAGAACACAUUCUAAACUACAUCCAGGUCGUACUGAACUAAUAACUUCCUCUUUCUGUGGGUCCUAUAGCUGAAUUAAGAUACUGAUGAUUGUGUUCUUUGUACAUGUUUACAGUGGGAACUCCAGAUGCUCUCUUCUCCUUAAAUACCGAUUCCCCUGGUGGCUUGAACCGCUUCUGACUGCAUGUGUUUUCUACAGUGCUGUACUGUGUUUUUAAUGUUCCUGAUUUGUUUUAUACCUCAACCCCUGGUGCGCCCUCUGGUGGUCAGAGCUUUUAUACUACUGCAAACGGCUCUUGCUAUAAAGAGUUACUGAUCCAGUCCUGAUUGGUCUUCUUUUGAAUCUUAUGAAAGUAUAUUUUUUAAUGUGCAGCACUCAGAGAUGUCUGCUGUGUGUUGUCAUUCAUCUUCCUAUUUUAUUCCUGAAUUUAAAUAAAACCAUUCUCUAUUAUGAA